AUGACCUGUCAAGCGACAUGCGCAUCCUCUAUGUGUCCUCAAACCUGCGGUCAAUCCUUGACUACAACCCAUGUGACUGUGUGGGUCCAGCCGCUUACGGCGUUCCUGCUUGGCGAAAGCAUCUCCAAAUACCCUGAGUCGCUUCAGUCCGACACCACCAACAAUGUAGUGAUCGGCUACACGCGUGCCAUGGGCGCCGACGGAAACCCUGUUGUGAUCCGGUCGAUCUCGUUUGUCUGCAGCAACAUGAACUUUGUCAUCGGCUCGUUCGAUCCGCGCAACCAGCGGUACGAAGAGAUGAUGGAGAACACACGCAUCAGGCACUUCCGCUAUGCCGCCAUUGACGCCAAAAAGCACGAGACGCUGUCAAAGAUUGAGCAGGCAGUGCGCUCGAUGCCAGCCAACGCACAGGACCGGCCGCCACAGCCCGAGUCGCCAGUAUUGCACAGAACCCACCCGACGCCACCAGGCAUGAUCCAAGCAUGCGUCAUAUUGGACAGCCUCAAGACCUUGCCAAGGGACUUCGCCGCAUGGCCCCCGAAUCCGCUUUGCCACGAAUAG